AUGAUGAUGCAGCCACUUCCCAAUGUUGAUAAGGCCUUUCCUAUCGUGAUUCAACAACAACGUGAAAUGAAUUAUGCAGCCUCUGUUCUUAAUCCCAUUGCAUCAUCUACUGAAGAAGCCACUACUUUUCAAGUUAAUUCAGGACAAAUAAAUGGCAAGGCACCUUUCAAAUACAAGUCACAAGGUGGAGCUCGAGGUCAAAAUCUCAUUUGCACUCAUUGUGGUAGAAACAAUCAUACAGUAGAAACAUGUUUCCUCAAGCAUGGCUACCCACCUGGUUUCAACGGUAAAGGUAAAACUUCUUCUUCCAAUCAGUCUCUUGUGGCUUCUAUUCAUGCAGGUUCAGAUGAAUCUCCCCCAAGUCUUGGUUUUACACAAGAGCAGUACAACAAUAUUUUGGCUUUACUUCAAUAG